AUGCGGUGGAGCGGGCCCUCGAGAGACCCGCGCGACCGCCUUAUGCGCGCCGGGCGCGCCAACACGGCCGCCAUCCCGCGCCGCCGAGCCCGCGUUCGCGGAGCCCUAUCCAUCCGGCCCCGAGCGGCGUCCGCGCAUACUCCUGCCAGCAUUGGGAGUCUCGCUUGCUCGCGCCACCGCCCCGCCCGCUAUCCGCCACCGAGCCAUCGCAAUGCGACCUCGUCGAGGUAG